UGAAUCGGAAACAUUGCACACGAUAGUAGCAAACACGUUGGUGUGUCACAACUUCCUUUUCAGCUGCAAAACUCAGAUCAAGAAGCUCAGGAGGACACGAGAUCAUCAAGGAAGAUUGUAAUUUUUCUGCUUUGCUGGACUGCUCAUUUGAUUGACAUGUCAAACCCAGUCAUCACUCAGCCUGGUGCGGUUUCUUAUGGUACAAAUGUGCAGACAGGAGAAUGGAGCACUGGUCUGUGUUCGUGCUGCAGUGACCUACUUGUUUGUGCUCUUGGCUGUAUUUGUCCAAUAGCUCUUGGCUGUUACGCAGCAAACAAGUAUGGAGAGAAUGCAUGCCUUGCAUGUGUACCUGGAGGAAUGGCUGCCAUGCGAACACAUAUGCGACUGACUUAUGGAAUACAAGGCACAAUAUGCAAUGACGCUUUGAUGACCUGUUGCUGUGGGUUAUUUGAAACAUGUCGAAUGGCCAGAGAAAUUCGUGUCAGGAAUGGAGAGGCAUAAUUACUGUGUUUACUAUACUAAUAUUAGUAUAAAUAACAUUUGAAAAUCGAAACUAUUUUGUAUAUUACAGACUGCAUAACCCCAUACAUUCCAAUAAUAUAAUGUUACAAAAAUAUAAAAGAUAUAUUUAUGAAUCACCAAUGCACAUACAAUAAAAUUAAAC